AGGUCUGGCGUGUCCCUGAUCAGAGUUACUCUGAUCUGAAGAUUUUGGUGUUUAAGGCAUUAAGAUAAUAGCCUGAGUUGUUCAUGGAGUUUUUCAUCAGUAUGUCUGAAACCAUUAAAUAUAAUGACGAUGAUCAUAAAACUCUGUUUCUGAAAACACUAAAUGAACAACGCCUAGAAGGAGAAUUUUGUGAUAUUGCUAUUGUAGUUGAAGAUGUGAAAUUCAGAGCACACAGAUGUGUUCUCGCCGCCUGCAGCACCUACUUUAAAAAGCUUUUCAAGAAGCUUGAGGUUGAUAGUUCUUCAGUAAUAGAAAUAGAUUUUCUUCGUUCUGACAUAUUCGAAGAGGUCCUGAACUACAUGUAUACAGCAAAGAUUUCGGUGAAAAAAGAAGACGUUAACUUAAUGAUGUCAUCGGGUCAGAUUCUUGGUAUCCGAUUUUUGGAUAAACUCUGUUCUCAGAAGCGUGAUGUAUCUAGUCCCGAUGAAAAUAACGGCCAAUCAAAAAAUAAGUAUUGCCUCAAAAUAAAUCGUCCCAUUGGAGAUGCUGCCGACACUCAGGAUGAUGACGUGGAAGAAAUUGGGGAUCAGGAUGACAGUCCUUCUGAUGACACAGUAGAAGGCACUCCCCCAAGUCAGGAGGACGGCAAGUCGCCCACAACCACGCUCAGGGUACAGGAAGCAAUUUUGAAAGAGUUGGGGAGUGAGGAAGUUCGGAAAGUAAAUUGCUAUGGCCAGGAAGUAGAAUCCAUGGAGACCCCAGAAUCAAAAGAUUUGGGGUCCCAGACCCCUCAAGCCUUAACAUUUAAUGAUGGAAUGAGCGAAGUGAAAGAUGAACAGACUCCAGGCUGGACAACAGCCACUAGUGACAUGAAGUUUGAGUAUUUGCUUUACGGUCACCAUCGGGAGCAGAUUGCCUGUCAGGCUUGUGGCAAGACAUUUUCUGACGAAGGCAGAUUGAGGAAGCAUGAAAAGCUCCAUACUGCAGACAGGCCAUUUGUUUGUGAAAUGUGUACAAAAGGUUUCACCACACAGGCCCACCUGAAGGAACACCUAAAAAUCCACACAGGAUAUAAGCCCUACAGUUGUGAAGUAUGUGGAAAAUCAUUUAUUCGUGCCCCGGACUUAAAGAAGCAUGAGCGAGUUCACAGUAAUGAAAGACCAUUUGCAUGUCAUAUGUGUGACAAAGCCUUCAAACACAAGUCCCACCUCAAGGAUCACGAAAGAAGACACAGAGGGGAAAAACCCUUUGUGUGUGGUUCCUGCACCAAGGCAUUUGCCAAGGCAUCUGAUCUGAAAAGGCACGAGAACAAUAUGCACAGUGAAAGGAAGCAAGUCACCCCCAGUGCCAUCCAGAGCGAGACAGAACAGUUGCAGGCAGCAGCAAUGGCCGCCGAAGCGGAGCAGCAGUUGGAGACAAUAGCCUGUAGCUAGAGGUGGUGGGACGGGAACUCUUUGCCUGGGAAGCAGAGACUGAGAUAACAUCAAUCAUAGUACAUGAAUGCCGGUUGCUAUAUUUUUGUGGAAGUGGAUGGAGCAUUGUACUCACUGCUAAAGACUGUCAGUCCUUGGUUAGGUAUUUCUAAAACUUUUCAAGGAAAUAAUGUUCCUAAGUUCUGACCAAACAAUUUCACUGUCCUGUCUGGUGUCUAGUGGUAAUGUUGCCAGUAACUUCCCUUUACCCUCUUUUUUAUGAUUUUAAUUUGAGAACUCUUGUGUCCAGUUUAGAAGUGAGAGACUUCUAUCCUAUUUUUAAUUCUUCUACACUUGCUGCGUUGAUGAGUGUACUGCACAGAGUAAUAAUUGAGUACACUGAUUUCCUGAUCAUCAUAAUUACAUAUGACUUACGGUCAAAAGAGCAGUUCUAAUAACUUAACUAAAAGUCCUUCAUAUAGAUGCAGAAAAUACUGGUAGGUGGUUGACCAAGAACACUGCGCAAAUAUGAAAACAAAUUCUGGAAAUGCAGAAUGGUAUUAGGUUUAUAUUUGCUUUGUUAAUUUUAUAUCACUUUUUCACUGUUUUUGUGGACAAAUAAUGGUUGCUUUGCCGAAGUGGUUCCUCAUUUGUUUCGAUCGCCUUGUACCUACCCCAAAAGAUGUAGUCACGUACCGAAGGCUGAGCAUAUCCACCAGGAUGUUGGUGGUGAUGGGGCUGAGAUUUUAAGUUCCUCUUAUUUGGGGCCUUGCCACUCUACACCUGCUGGGAUUUAUAGAGGGGAUCACUGGAGGGGAGUAGAAAAGGCUCUCAGAGACAAGGUUUCACAGGUGCAACAAUUCCAAGAUUCUGUAGAUCAAAUUGAUUCUGAAAUUGGAUUUUUAUUUAAGGUCAAAAUUAGGACAAGAACAGAUAUGUUCCUUCAGAUGCAUUUGUGCAACUUUAUAGAAUGUCAUCAAGCUUUUGGGCUCUCUGCAGCACAUGAUUUAUCCAUAAAGGAGAUGCAAUAUGCUUACUUAAUAAAUAUAAAAUCUUUUAAGCGUGUAAAUAGGAGUGUUGGUCUUACGUAUUUCAAGUACAAGUAGACAGCUGCACUUUUUUUUGCACAUGGGAUUAAAAUAAUUUCCAUUAACCACAAACAUCAGGCUGUUUCUAACCAAUAUUAAAGGUGGUCAGACCAAAUGUCUAUGUUUUUGAAAUAUAUUUCAUCAUUGGUUACAGUUUAAGUAGAAGUUGGUUGCCUUUCAUAACCGUAAAUCAGAAUUAUAAACUCUGUUUCAGUUUUGGUGUGUGAAAUGUUCAUUUAACCAUUUCUUUAGGAAUAUGUUGAAAUGCCAACAAUAGUUUGAAUUAUGUUCUGUAUGAAAGUAUCAGUCAAUUAUUUUUAGAAUAUGUAACAAUCGUAGAAAAUGUCCACUUUAAAAUUCAUUUUUUGGUUGCUAGGAUUAUUUUUUAACACAUUAAAGUAAGUUCAUUUCAUAGCUUCUUGCAUUAACACCUGUAAUUACUAUUGUGGGAGAAAUUUUAUUUUUUAAAUUGGUGUAUAUGUUAUGCCCAAGAUCGUAGAAUGAAGAUGCUACCUUUUUAAAAAAAUAUUUAUUGGUAAAUAUUUAGUUAAUUUAAUUUCUUUUUUUGAAAGUUGUUUAUUCUGUACUAAAAGUAGUCCUGUCACUGUGUUUGUAA